CGGCCCCGCCCGGCAGGGAAAGUGAGUUGCGUGGGCGCCGCGGCAGGAAUCUCAGAGCCGGGAGCGCAGAGCCGAGCCGCGCCUCGUGUGGCCGACCUGGGGGACCAUGGGCUCCAUGUUCAGGAGUGAGGAGGUGGCUCUGGUUCAGCUCUUCUUGCCCACGGCUGCUGCCUACCCCUGUGUGAGCCAGCUGGGCGAGCUGGGUCUCGUGGAAUUCAGAGACCUCAACGCCUCGGUAAGCGCCUUCCAGAGACGCUUUGUGUUGGAUGUUCGGCGCUGCGAGGAGCUGGAGAAGACCUUCACCUUCCUGCAGGAGGAGGUUCGGCGGGCUGGGCUGGCACUGCCGCCGCCUGAGGGGGUGCUGCCAGCGCCCCCACCCCGCAACCUGCUGCGCAUUCAGGAGGAGACUGAUCGCCUGGCACAGGAGCUCCGGGACGUGAGGGGCAACCAGCAGGCCCUGCGGGCCCAGUUGCACGAGCUGCAGCUCCACGCGGCUGUGCUGGGCCAGGGCCAUGGCCCCCCGGUGGCAGCCACCUACACAGAUGGGCCCUCGGAAACUAGCCCCCUACUCCAGUCCCUGGGGGACCCGCACCAGGACCUCAGGGUUAACUUCGUGGCAGGUGCCGUGGAACCCCACAAGGCUGCCGCCCUGGAGCGCCUGCUCUGGAGGGCCUGCCGCGGCUUCCUCAUCGCCAGCUUCAGGGAGGCGGAGCGGCCACUGGAGGACCCCGUGACAGGCGAGCCCGCAACGUGGAUGACUUUCCUCAUCUCCUACUGGGGCGAGCAGAUCGGUCAGAAGAUUCGCAAGAUCACUGACUGCUUCCACUGCCACGUCUUCCCAUUCCCCGAGCAGGAUGAUGCUCGCCGUGGGGUCCUGCAGCAGCUGCAGCAGCAGAGCCUCGAGCUGCAGGAGGUCCUGGGGGAGACGGAGCGCUUCCUGAGCCAGGUGCUGGGCCGGGUGCAGCGCCUGCUGCCACCCUGGCAGGUGCAGAUCCGCAAGAUGAAGGCUGUAUACCUAGCCCUCAACCAGUGCAGCGUGAGCGCCACACACAAGUGCCUCAUUGCUGAGGCCUGGUGUGCCACGCGCGACCUGCCCACCUUGCAGCAGGCGCUGCAGGAAAGCUCGAGUGAGGCAGGUGUGAGUGCCGUGGUUCACCGCAUCCCCUGCCGGGACAUGCCCCCCACGCUCAUCCGCACCACCCGCUUCACGGCCAGCUUCCAGGGCAUCGUGGACGCCUAUGGCGUGGGCCGCUACCAGGAGGUCAACCCCGCGCCCUACACCAUCAUCACCUUCCCCUUCCUCUUCGCCGUGAUGUUUGGCGACGUGGGCCACGGGCUGCUUAUGUUCCUCUUCGCCCUGGCCAUGGUGCUCGCUGAGGACCGGCCAGGAGUGAAGAUGGCGCAGAACGAGAUCUGGCGCACCUUCUUCGGCGGCCGCUACCUGCUUCUGCUCAUGGGCCUGUUCUCCAUCUACACUGGCUUCAUCUACAAUGAGUGCUUCAGCCGUGCCACCGUUAUCUUCCCCUCGGGCUGGAGCGUGGCGGCCAUGGCCAACCAGUCCGGCUGGAGCGACACCUUCCUGGCCGAGCACCCGCUGCUUGCACUGGACCCCAAUGUCACCGGUGUCUUCCUGGGACCCUACCCCUUUGGCAUUGACCCUGUCUGGAGCCUGGCUGUCAAUCACCUGAGCUUCCUCAACUCCUUCAAGAUGAAGAUGUCUGUCAUCCUGGGGGUCACCCACAUGGCUUUCGGGGUGGUCCUGGGAGUCUUCAACCAUGUGCACUUUGGCCAGCGGCACCGGCUGCUGCUGGAGACCCUGCCUGAGCUGGUCUUCCUGCUGGGCCUGUUCGGCUACCUGGUCUUCCUGGUCGUUUACAAGUGGCUGCGCGUCUCCGUGGCCGGUGCCGCCUCAGCGCCCAGCAUCCUCAUCCAUUUCAUCAACAUGUUCCUCUUCUCCCGCAGCCCCACCAACCGGCUGCUCUUUCCAGGGCAGGAGGUGGUGCAGGCCACACUGGUGGUGCUGGCCCUGGCCACGGUGCCCGUCCUGCUGCUUGGCACACCCUUGUUUCUGCGCUGGCAGCACCGGAGGAGGAGGAGGCGGCAUGCUGGCCCACAGCCGGAUGAGGACAAAACCGGGCUUCUGGACUCGCCCGACGCACCUGCCCCUGGCUGGGGCUCUGAUGAGGAGAAGGCGGGGUGCUCAGGGGACCAAGGGGAGGCCAAGUUUGUGCUCUCCGAGGUGUUCAUGCACCAGGCCAUCCACACCAUCGAAUUCUGCCUGGGCUGCAUCUCCAACACCGCCUCCUACCUGCGCCUCUGGGCCCUGAGCCUGGCCCAUGCCCAGCUAUCGGAGGUCCUGUGGGCCAUGGUGAUGCGUGUGGGCCUGCGCCUGGGCCGCGAGAUGGGCGCGGUGGCUGUGGUGCUAGUCCCCGUCUUUGCCGCCUUUGCCGUCCUCACCGUGGCCAUCCUGCUGGUGAUGGAGGGGCUCUCGGCCUUCUUACACGCUCUGCGGCUGCACUGGGUGGAGUUCCAGAACAAGUUCUACUCAGGCACUGGCUACAAGCUGACCCCCUUCACCUUCACUGUGGAAGAUGAAUAGAGCCCACCUGUGGCCGUGCCCACGGCCUCCGCCCUUACCUUGCUGUGGCAGGAAGGAAAUAAAGAGGAGGAAAGUCCA